GAGAAGAGCGGGAGGAGGUCGCGGCGGCGGGAAGAUACUGCACUUUGGCGUAAAUUGCAAUUGAUUAGGGAUCGUUUCUCAGACUCAAGUUAGAAGUGAGCGUUCAGAUAAGUGAGGCCGCCGUUGCUGCUUUGAACACCUCAGAAGGGGAGAAUGGAUUUAUCAGGAGUGAAAAAGAAGGGCUUGCUAGGAGUCAGAGAAAAUAAUAAAAAGUCCAGCACUGGGGCUCCUUCUCCUACCAAACGCAAAGACCGCUCUGAUGAGAAGUCCAAGGAUCGCUCUAAAGAUAAGGGGGCCACCAAGGAGUCCAGCGAGAAGGAUCGUGGCAGGGAUGAAACUCCAAAGAGGCGCAGCGCUUCCAGUGGUAGCAGCAGCACCAGGUCUCGGUCCAGCUCGACCGCCAGCUCGGGCUCGAGCACCAGCACGGGCUCCAGCAGCGGCUCCAGCUCAUCUUCAGCAUCGAGCCGCUCAGGAAGUUCCAGCACAUCCCGCAGCUCCAGCUCCAGCAGCUCCCCUGGCUCUCCGAGUCCUUCUCGGCGCAGGCAGGACAACAGGUGGCGUUCCGGCUCCAAAUCCAAACCACCCAGAAGAGAUGAAAAGGAAAGGAAAAGGCGGAGCGCUUCCCCUAAACCCACCAAAGUGCACAUUGGAAGGCUCGCCAGGAAUGUGACCAAGGAUCAUAUCAUGGAGAUAUUCUCCACCUAUGGGAAAAUUAAAAUGACUGACGUGCCUGUAGAAAGGAUGCGCCUGCCUCUGUCUAAAGGCUACGCAAAUGUGGAGUCUGAGAAUCCAGAUGAGGCCGAGAAGGCACUGAGGCACGUGGACGGAGGUCGCGUUCCCCUCGGCGCAGGUCCCCCGUGCGCCGGCGCCACAGGAGCCGCUCCAGCUCCAACUCCUCACUAUAAGCAGGCACAGAAGCUCUGCCCUGUGACUUGUAUCCCAACCAACUCACUUUUGUCACUUUUUUAG